AUGGAUAUUGUUACGCCUGAAAGCGACGGCGGUGUGCAGAUGUCACAGUAUCAGUGCUCAUUUUAUUCUUUACGUCCUAAGCGAGUUGAUUUUGAUGCUACUUGGAAAAAUAUUGAAAAUUCGAUCAAAAGGAUCAUGAAAUUGGAACCACUGGAACGGCGUGUUUGGGACUAUAAUUUUUAUGAUAUCUAUUCCUUAUGUGUUGCAAUUCCCGAGCCAUUAAGUGAACGCCUCUAUGGAAAAACAAAAGAAUGUUUAGAAGCACAUGUUACCGAAUUAUAUCAGGAGAUAAGCUCAGCAAAUGACUGUGAACUUCUCAAUACUUACUGCCAACUUUGGAACGUAUAUUACAAGGGAGCAUUAUGUGUUCAUAAUCUCUUUGGGUACCUUAACAAGCAGUAUAUCAAAAUUAAACGUUGUACUGAAAUUGAAGGUGGAUACGGAGCUUACAGUCAAUAUCUUACACAGAAAGAUGUCAAGGAGAUUGGUCUGCUUGCAAUGGAAAUUUGGCGCAAAAAAUUAAUAGAUCCUAUGGAAAAGCGACUGAUUGGCCAUGUAUUAAGUGCUAUUGCUGCAGAUCGUGAAGGAAGAAACAACGUUCCGGUGGACACUGUCCGAGGUGCCAUCAUGUCCUUCGUUCAAGUGGAUGAUGUGGACGGCAUGCGCGAAGUAUUAGAUAAAUCACCAUCAAAUUUGCCUCAGAAUUACGAAACUUAUCGGGAAAUGUUCGAAAAAAGUUCUUGGAAACAACAACUGAAUAUUACACUGUGCUUUCUAUUAAACUGCUCAGUGAACUUAGUGAUUACACGAAUAGAAGAAGAAAAUGAACGCGCAAUUCGUUUCCUGCACAAAAGUAGCCACGAAAAGGUUACCAAACUAUGUCAAGAUGUAAUGGUGGAUGCUCAUAAAGAACGUUUAUAUGCUGUUUGCCAUGAAUAUAUCGAAGGCGAAUGCAUGAAUGAUCUUCACAAUAUGUAUCGCAUUCUAAAACCUAUAAAUGGUGGGUUGUUGGUUGUGAUUCGUGAAUUUCAAAAUUUUGUCAAGAAAACUGGUCUUGAAGCAGUGAAAGAUAUGCAUGGUGAUAAUAUUCCCCAACAAUUUGUAGAAAAUGUAUUACAGGUUUACAGCAGGUUCUCCUCAAUGGUUACGAAAGUUUAUUAUGACGAUGGCGACUUCGUUGGAGCUCUGGAUAAAGCACUACAAACUGUCGUAAACUACCGCGAUGACCCACGUCAGGCGCCGAAAGCAUCGGAAAGGCUUGCGCGUUUUACUGACACGCUUUUGCGCAAAUCUGGCAAAGGCUUAAGUGACGGUGAGCUGGAUACAAAAUUAUCACAGGCAAUUAUUAUUUUUCGAUAUAUUGAGGACAAAGACAUUUUCCAGAAGUUCUAUUCGAAAAUGUUGGCUAAUCGUCUAAUUACUAAUGCUUCUCUUUCGAAGGAUGCUGAAGAAUCGAUGAUUAGCAAACUAAAGCAAGCAUGUGGGUUUGAAUUCACGAGUAAACUGUCGCGAAUGUUUACAGAUGUUGGGUUGAGUCAUGAGCUUACGGACAAAUUUAUUAGUCACUGUGCUGUGAGCAAUGUUACUUUGAAUGUCCAAAUGACAGUACUGAUUUUACAAGCCGGAGCAUGGCCAUUAUCGGCGCCCAGUUCAAUUCCAACUUCCGGAACAGAUGGGAAAGACAGUACAACUGCUGUUCAAGUUACGGGUUUUAUUGUCCCUCCAGUUCUUUUACCAUCCAUUGAACAUUUCGAAAAGUAUUAUCAGGCAUCACACAAUGGUCGAAAAUUGACAUGGCUCUUCAAUCUUGCAAGUGUUGAGGUGAAGUUGCUUUAUUUGGACAAAGUGUAUCAGGUGACGAUGUCGGCCCAUCAACUAGCAAUUUUGCUGUGUUUUGAGACAAGGGAUUCAGUAACUUUAAGCUAUAUCGAAAAAGCGACUGGUUUGUCGGAUGAACUGCUUAGCCGCAAUGCUCGCGCGUUGGUUGAUUCCGGUAUUCUGAUUAUGACGAAGGCGGCGAUGAAUGAGGUUAGUGAUGUGGCACUCAACUUGACACUGACAUCGAAGCGUCUUCGGUUCAAAGUUUUGGUGCCUCAAUUACAGCGACAUGCGGAAAAAGAGGCAGAACAUGUAAAUAUCACCGCUCAACAGGAUCGAAAAUAUUAUAUGGAAUGUACUAUUGUUCGCAUAAUGAAAACACGAAAGGUGUUGAAACACGCAGCCUUAGUUAAUGAGGUAAUUGAACAAACGAAAUCUCGUUUCACGCCAGAUGUUAACUUCAUCAAGAAAAAUAUCGAGUCGCUCAUUGAAAAAUUGUACAUUCAGAGGACUGAUCAGAACGAUGAAUAUCAAUACCUGGCAUAG